AUGCCCGCCGCCGAGGACCCCAACAAGACGCCCGUCGACCAGGUCGAGCACGCUCCCGCCCACCCGGCCAACCACCGCCGCGAUGCCGCCGCAGAGCUGCUCGGCAAGUCGGGCGCCUCGCCCGAGGACCGCGUGGCCGUCACGCCGGCCGACGACGCCCGCGUCCUGCGCCGCAUCGACCUCGUCAUCCUCCCCCUGAUGCUCUUCGUCUACUUUUUGCAGGGCAUCGACAAGUCCACCCUCGCCUACGCCUCCGUCUUCGGCCUCAUCCGCGACACGGGCCUCGUCGGCGACCAGUACAGCUGGCUCGGCUCCGUCGUCUACCUGGCCCAGCUCGUCAUGCAGUUCCCGCUCGCCUGGCUGCUCGUGAAGCUGCCCAUCGGCAAGUUCACGAGCGCCAUGGUCGCCUUCUGGGGCAUCACGCUGUCGUGCAUGGCCGCCGCCCACAACUUUGGCGGCCUGCUGGCCGCGCGCUUCUUCCUCGGCGUCUUCGAGGCGAGCGUCGCGCCGUCGUUCGUCGCGAUCACGCAGAUGUGGUGGCGGAGGCGGGAGCAGACGCUGCGGAUCAGCUACUGGUAUGCCAUGAACGGCUUCACCAACAUGUUCGGCAGCCUCAUCACGUACGGUCUCGGCCACAUCUCGUCGCCCCUCAAGGAGUACCAGAUCAUCUUCAUGUUCUUCGGUAUCAUCACGGUUGUCUUCUCCGCCGUUAUGUUCCUGUACAUGCCCGACUCCCCCGUGGAGGCCAAGUUCCUCAACGACCACGACAAGCUCAUCGCCAUCGAGCGGCUCCGUAUGAACCAGCAGGGCGUCAUGUCACGCGAGUGGCGCUGGGAUCACUUGAAGGAGAGUUUGCUGGAUAUCAAGACCUGGUUCUGGUUCGCCCUGGUCUUUUCCAUCUCCAUCCCCUCUGGUGGCAUUUCCACUUUUGGUCCCCUCAUCGUCAAGUCCUUCGGCUUCGACUCGUUCCAGACGAUCCUCUUUAACAUCCCCUUCGGGUUCGUUCAACUCGUCUCCACAGUCGGAGGUUCCUGGAUAGCAACAAAGAUCCACAAGAAAGGGCCCGUCAUCGCCGGGCUCUGCAUCCCUCCUAUUGCCGGAUGCGUCAUGUUGAUGGUUCUUCCCACCGCGGGCCAACAAGCUGCUCGUUUGACGGGAUACUACCUCAUCUCUGUCUACCCAGGAAUCACGCCCCUCAUCUACUCUUGGUCCGCCGCCAACACGGCCGGUGACACGAAGCGGAAGUGCACGUCGGCGUUCCUCUUCGUCGGCCAGUCCGUCGGCAACGUCAUCGGCCCGCUCCUCUACAAACCGGCUGAGGCGCCCAGGUACACGCGCGGCCUGACGUCCAACCUCGCGUUGUACUGCGUCAUCGUCGUCCUGGUGGCGGCGACGAGUCUGUACCUCGCAUUCCUCAACCGGUCACACAGCAGACGCCGAGUCGCGAUGGGAAAGAGCGCCGUCAUACUCGACACCAGCUUGUACUCCGCCGUCGAGGCCGAGAAGAUGCAGCGGGACCAGGCGGCGGCGGCGGCGGGGCGGCAGGCCGGGGAAGAGGGCCACGAGAUGGCCGCGGCUGGCGAGGAGAAUGCGCAGGAGGACGUGGGCGCGAGGGCCUUUGACAACUUGACGGAUCUGGAGAAUGAGGAGUUUGUGUUUGUGUUUUGA